UCAACUGUUCCACCUGGUCUCUAAGUUCAGACGCGGCAAGCAGCCAGCUGCAGGCGAGCGGUGAAUCAGCUGAGCCACUGAUGGUGCAUUUUUUCCGUGUUUUAUGUCUUCCGGUGUUUUCGUUUUUACGUGAGCACCGUCUCAGAAGGGACCUACUGCAACGUAAUGUGUAAAGUGGAGUUGCUCGCGGGCCCUUGCAGAUGACCUUUCGAUUCAUUCCCCGUAAUGUUGGCGGCCCGAAAAUAUCGAUGGUAUAAAGCUAUCACCUAAAUGACGCCUUGACUCCAGCUCGCUCCCGCCAUACGCUAUGCGUUACUUCGCCAAACACUCCCUUAAAGUAGGCAAUCGCGUCACGAAAGCAGCAGACUUGACCUUGAGGCAAACCCUCUUCCCGCUGUUCUUGGUCACCAUCUUGUACUUUCUCUGGGUAUGUAUACUCACCGCAGUUUGGGUCAUACUCAGUUCCGUUGCAGGGUUUUGCCUAUGGACUGCUUGAUACUUUGAACAAACACUUCCAAUCUACUCUCGGCAUCACUCGAACUCGUUCCUCCGGUCUUCAAGCAGCUUACUUUGGCGCUUACCCCCUUGCCUCCCUCGGAUAUGGAAACUGGGUACUCAGACAUUACGGUUACCGAGCCGUCUUUAUCAUGGGUCUCAUACUUUACGGGAUCGGUGCCUUUAUGAUGUGGCCUGCAGCUCUCAAUCGAAGCUUUGGCGGUUUCUGUGGUGCCACUUUUAUCAUUGGCAGCGGUUUGGGUUGUUUGGAGACCGCGGCUAAUCCAUAUAUGGCUGUGACCGGUCCUCCUCAGUAUGCUGAAAUGAGAAUCAAUUUGGCACAGGCAGUGCAAGCCAUAGGCACUGUCGUUGGUCCCGUUCUGGGGUCAUAUGUCUUUUUUAAUCAGAUCACUACAGACUCCGUCGACACUCUCAAGUCGGUACAAUGGGUCUAUCUGGCUAUCGGAUGCUUCGUCUUCUCCCUUGCUGUAGUCUUCUACUUCUCUGUGAUCCCUGAAGUUACAGAUGCUGAUAUGUCAGAGCAAGCCGAUAUCACCCACUCUGAAAACAGGGACGAUUCAAAGCCUUUCUGGCAACAAUACAGGCUUUUCCACGCUGCUUGGGCUCAGUUUUGCUAUACUGGUGCACAAGUGGCCAUCGCUGGUUAUUUCAUCAAUUAUGUUACUGAAAUUCGUCCGGGCACCUCCUCUGCCCUCGGCGCACAGUUCCUGGCUAUUGCACAAGGAUGUUUUGCGAUUGGCCGUUUCACAGGCUCAGGAAUCAUGCAUUUCGUCAAACCAAGAAUUGUGUUGUUGUUAUAUCUCACCCCUGCUAUGGCCUUUUGUGCCGCGAGUAUCGACACGAGGGGUAACGUUGGUCUCGCAAUGUUGAUAGUCACUCUGUUCUUUGAAAGUGUCUGUUUCCCAACUAUCGUCGCUCUUGGGAUUCGUGGACUCGGAAGGCACACCAAACGAGGCUCUGGAUUCAUUGUAGCAGGUGUUGCUGGUGGUGCAUGUGUACCCCCGAUUCUCGCCCGUGCUGCUGACAAUCAUAACAGCACUGCGUUCGCUAUGAUUGUACCCACCAUGUUUUUUGCCAGCGCGCUCAGUUACCCCAUAUGCGUCAACUUUGUGCCUUCUUACAGGAAUCGAGCCGAUGCCACUGGGACGGGCGUCAAGACUGAGAAACCUGCGGAUGUAGAGAGUGAUAUUGUUAAAGCCUAAUAUUGAAGUCCCCAUCAUGUAGUAUGAAUGAAUCCUGAAUCUAUGUAGCCAAAAGGAUUCACGACCCUUGCCGUUUUUCUU